CUCGUUCACAAACUGCACACCAGUUGGUUUCAAAAUCAGCAACAGUUGUGCCUCAUUUUGUUUUCAGCAUGAACCGCUUCAGCUACCUGCUGCUGCUCGGGUUCCUCUCUCCGUUUGUGGUGGAUUGCUCCGCUGAUGGAAAUGGCUUCUUCAUGUUUGCUGACUUCUACUGCGUUAUGCACUCCAGAGAGCGGGAGAACGUGGAGUAUCUGAUCGACUGGUAUUUUAACAAAGAGUUUAUGAUGCAGUACAACAGCACAGUCGGCACCUGGACGGGUUUCACUCCAGCUGGAAAAAUCACAGCGUCUCAGUUUAAUGAAGACAAAUUUGAUGUUCAGCAGAGAAAAAUAGAGAAACAGCUGAUAUGUGUCAACAAUGUUGAUGUGAUAUUCAAUGGAACUGAGGAAAAUAUGGCUGAACCCAGCAUCACUCUCCAGGAGGGGGACCACACUUCCAGUCAUGGCGUAAUACUUGUGUGCAGCGCUUACGACUUCUACCCCAAACACAUCCUCGUGACUUGGUACCUGAACGGGCAGGAAGUAACUGAGGGCGUGACCAUAAGUGAAGUGAUGACAAAUGGAGACUGGACCUAUCAGGUUCACUCUUACCUGGAGUACACACCUGGCCCAAAGGACAGGGUCACCUGUACGGUGGAGCAUGUCAGCCUCAAGGAGCCCAAGAUUUCUCACUGGGAUUCUUCCUUGAAACAGUCUGAAUGGAGUUAUGUAACUGGAGGAGUUUGUGCUUUGCUUUUUGGAGCACUAAUGUUAUCUUUGGGACUGAUCUAUUACAGAAGAAAAACCUGUGAUCCAGCAUUUUCCAAUCCUCUAUAAACUCCAUUUAUGUAUGAUUUAACAGAUUGAGGGACAAUAAUAUUCUGGCCUUUUUAAUUUUAUCUAUACUGUCGUUAUAGAGUUUUUUUCUUGUGAGCAGGUCUCUAAUAGUCUUAUAAGUUACUGUACAAAAAUAAAAAGCUAAAUAACCAAACAUAGAAGAAAGUGUUGCUAGUGAUUGCUGGUUAGACUAAUAUUUUUUAAAGUAGUCUUACAAAAUACUUUGUGGCUCACUACUGUGGAGAAAACAUGAGGUAAUGAGUGAUGAUGCAAGGACAAAAAAUUACACCUGUGUACUAUGGACGGGAUUACAGUCACUGUGUGUUUACAAUGUUAAAAGAAUUUUGUUCAACCAGCUGUACUUGUUCUUCAAAUUGUUCAAUCUUUUGAUUUUAUGCAAUAA